UAUAGUUGUGCGGAGUAAAAGAUGGUAAAGGAGUAGAAAUGAAUUCGAAACAGAGUAAUAGGUGACGUUAUCUUGACGUUUUUAACUGUGGCUUGCAGUGUUUGAAAUGCUGUCGAAUGUUUGAUUACGCAUGCAGGUUUUGUGUAACGCAUUCAGAAAGUAAAGGGGAUCAAGGGACGGCAAUAUUAUUCGCAAGAAUGUCGUCACCUAGCGCAGGGAAAAGACGAAUGGACACUGAUGUUAUCAAGCUCAUAGAAAGUAAACACGAAGUUACCAUUCUUGGAGGGUUAAAUGAAUUUUGUGUCAAGUUCUAUGGGCCUCGGGGAACACCCUAUGAAGGUGGAAUAUGGAAAGUAAGAGUUCAUUUACCUGAACACUAUCCUUUCAAGUCACCUUCAAUUGGGUUCAUGAAUAAAGUUUAUCAUCCAAAUAUAGAUGAAGUGUCUGGAACAGUUUGCCUUGAUGUAAUCAAUCAAGCAUGGACAGCCUUGUAUGACUUGUCAAAUAUUUUUGAGUCGUUCCUGCCUCAGUUGCUAACAUAUCCAAAUCCUAUUGACCCAUUGAAUGGAGAUGCAGCAGCUAUGUACUUACACAAACCAGAAGAUUACAAGAAGAAAGUACAAGAAUAUGUGCGUAAGUAUGCUACAGAAGAAGCUCUCCGGGAACAGGAAAAUCAAGGUGUGUCAUCUGACAGUGAGUCAUCCAUGUCAGACUUCAGUGAAGAUGAAGCUCAAGACAUGGAAUUAUAACAUAAACUUUAUUAUUGGCUGUCUUAGCUGGUCUAUGAAGUGUACAUUGAUCAGAAGUGUGCAAACAGUUGGACAGCCUGUCAGGGAGUUGACAUUUAACACUAAAUAAAUAAUAGACAUUAAUAUAGGUAUGUUGCUGCAUCACUUUUAAUGACUGCAGCAUUUUGUAACAAUGAUGUGCUGCUGAGCUUACGGGAACUAGAGAAAGAAAAACAACCUGGCAGAACAUCUUAUAGAAUAUUUUGUAGAAAUAACACAUUCAUACAUAAUUUUAUUUCACUAAUGCUUGUACAUACAAUAAAGUUUUGUGUAUUAAAUAAUUUGUAAAUAAAUUUAAGUUUCGUAUUCUGUUAUGAAGCCUCACCAUAUUUACAUUUAACUUGCUCUUUUUGUACAUAAUUCAUCCAGAGAUAUUUAUUUAUUCCACUAAAAUGCAUAAAAUUGUAAGGUUAUCUUACUUUAUGUAAACAAUCUUAUUUCUGUUAUCAGAUCUUAAGUUUUAUUGCUUUUUAUGUUAGUGUCAUGUUCAUAAAUAUUAUUAUUGUAAUGUGAAACAGAAAUACAAGAAAAUUUAUUGCGUAAUACAGGAUGAAUUUUUCGCUAAGGUUUUAACUCUGUUAAGGAGUGAUUUCCUCCAUAGUAAAUGCUACACACUAAUUAACUCUUAACUAGGCAUUAAACUUAUUUUUCUUCACCCAUUUGUUUCUGUAAAAGUAUUGUUUAGAUUGGUUCAGUGGCAAUGAAGAAACUAAAUAAGAUGGGUCAGUACAUUCUCAUUUGUUUUUCAAAGUUGUGUGUGUGUGUGUGUGUGUGUGUGUGUGUGUGUGUGUGUGUGUGUUUGUUUGUU